AUGAAUAAAAUUGGGGCCCAGGCCUCGAUCUCUAAUGGCUCAGCUAUUCAUCGGAGAGGAGAGCAGGGGACUGGUUUCCGUUUGAUCGGCGGAUCGCAGGGGAUGGUGAGCAUUGCGGUGAGGGUGUACGAUCCGGAGAAGGACCUGUCGGCGACGGAGGCCGUUGACCGGCUGUGCGACGGAGGCGCCACCGGCCAGGUCUCGCUCUACAUGGACCUGCUCGGCGACCCUGCCUCGCGCUUCCGCCACUCCCCCGCCUACAGAAUGCUGGUUGCGGAAACGAGUGGGCCAGUGAAGGAAAUCGUGGGCGUCGUCCGUGGCAGCGUCAAGGUGGUCGGCUGCGGCCGGAAGAUGGCUCGACAGGGAGGCAUGUGGAAGAAAGGUCAUGCUCCGGCGGAGGCGCGUCCCAUAUACACCAAGGUCGGCUACAUCCUCGGCCUUCGAGUCCUUCCUUCUCACAGGGCAAUGGGAAUCGCAUUGAAGCUGGUGGAGCAAAUGGAGGAGUGGUUUUGGGAGAAGGGCGCGGAGUACGCGUACAUGGCGACCACCAAGGGCAACAAGGCCUCGCUGGGUCUCUUCACCGACCGGUGCGACUAUUCCAAGUUUCGGACGUCGUCCAUCCUCGUACACCCCGUCUUCGCGCACCUCCUCCCCGUCCCGCUCUCAAUCACCGUCCACAGAAUCCAGGCUUCGGACGCGGAGCUCAUCUACCGAAGCCGGUUCGCGGCCACUGAGUUCUUUCCGCGCGACAUCGACACCGUCCUCGCGAACCCCCUCUCCCUCGCCACGCUCGUGGCCGUGCCCUCCGGCUGCGCCGCGGCGGAGUGGUGGCCCGGCGUGGAGGCCUUCGUGGCCGCGCAGCCGGAGUCGUGGGCCCUGGCCAGCGUUUGGGACUGCGGCGGCGUGUUUCAGCUCGAGGUGCGCGGGGCGUCGCGGCUGCGGCGAGCCGCGGCGGCGGCGACGCGGAUGGCGGACAGGGCCAUGCCGUGGCUACGGAUCCCCUCGGUGCCGGACCUCUUCCGCCCGUUCGGGGCCUGGUUUCUCUACGGGAUCGGAGGCGAGGGACCGACCGCCUCGUUGAUGACUGCAGCGGUGUGGAGAGAGGCGCACAACCGUGCGCGGGGGGCAGCGGCAGUGGUGGCCACUGAAGUGGCGGAGAUGGUGCCGCUCCGGCAGGGGAUACCGAGGUGA